UAUAUAUAUAUAUAUAUAUAUACAUAUAUAUAUCUAUAUACAUACAUAUAUAUAUAUCAGCAAUGCCACAAAAAGACCCGUGUCAAAAACAAGCCUGUGCAAUCCAGGCGUGUUUACAAGCUAACAAGUACGUGGAGGUCAAGUGCGUGGAUGUCAUCCAUCACAUGCGGGAGUGCUGCAGAAUACACGCCGAACACUCUGCAUGCUGCUCCGGCUUUAAACACACGCCAGCACGACCUUCUAAAGACUUGGCUUGACAGAAGUGUAAAAAAAAAGGAUUGAUCAUGUGCAUCAACAAGUCUACCCGCUGUUCUUACACUUCCAAAUAAAGAGUCGUGUGUAAUAAAUGCUUAUGCUAUUUUUAUGGA